AUGUGUUUGCCACAGGUAAGAUCAGAUAUGGCCUAUAAAAACUUUUCCAAAACACAUACUGGUACUGGAAAUUAUUAUGGUCUCUACGGAGGAGGUACUUCAAAUCAUCUAUCAACUGGACAUCUUGGUGUAACAACUAGCGAGAGGUCACCAUAUAACUCCAGAUCCACAUCACCGGCAGGACUCUCAUAUUUGGAUAACAUCCGACAUAGAAACCCUUCGGAGGAAUCUCCUGGAAUUGACAGAGAUCGUCACAGAGAUACACAUUUAUCAACCUCAAAACAAGAUGAUGUUUUGAAAUUAAUAAGUUGCGUCAGGAAACUUCAAAAUGUUGAUUUGGACAAAAUUGAAAAGGAAAUUGAUGGAUAUAAGAAAACAGUACAUACCAGUAACCAAAGAGAUGUUGAAAAUACAAAAGAAGAGCUACAGAAGUUAAAAGAGGAGAAUCUUGCCUUACAAGAGACAACCGAAAGUUUGAAAAACAAAUAUCUGCAAGUGGUUGAGGAAAAAAGUGACUAUGAGGAAAAAUUUCAAAAGGCUAAAGAAGAGUUUAGGCAGCAAGAUAAACAAAUAAAAUAUUUGGAACGAAUUGUGUCAGAAAAAGACUUAGAGGUUAAGACACUGGCCAAAGAGAAAGAAUCGGCACUUUCAAGGCUAAGUAAGGAAAUGGGAGACAAACUAAGCCAAGAAAACACUGCAAUUGCAGAUCUAAGCGACCCAAACAGAUCAACAAAACUAGCUGAAUUGUAUAAUACGUUGUACGACAAUGAAUGGACAGAUGCUUUGGAAACAUUACAGAGUGCAGGACUAGAUGAAGAACUUGCUGUCAGAUCUUUAUUGGAAAUAAUGAAGCACAUAUAUGACUUUUGCAGUAAAGUUAAAGAUGAUCAUAUGCAGCAACUGGAAGCUCAUUUGAUGAACCCUUUUUUACAAAGACAAGCUUGGGCUACAGAAAGCGUUUCAACACAAUCACCGAAGCAGGUCAGAUCAAUGUUAAUGGAUUGUAUAAAACUAUCAUCCAAAGAAAUGGGUCGGAAUUUAAGCAAGAAUUAUUUGACAAUGAAACAAAAACCAGCUCAUGCAGAGCGAAUUCCUGAAUACGUCGAAAAAGCUACAAAUCUUUGCUGGAUGAUGAAUUUGUGUAGUCCGCCACUUGUGUUUGGUGCACAACCGCGGACAGGAGACACCCUUGAUAAAAACUUGUAUAAAGAGUACACAAAGCAAGGAGAAAUGAUCUCCUUCGUAGUAUGGCUUCCGUUGUUGAUAGAAAAAGACGGACCUGUGCUUUUGAAAGGUGUAGCACAACCUAUUCCAUCUGUCACAAAAUCCAGUCGAUCUAUUGGAAAAGACAGACUAUCAUCGACCCGAGAUUAUGGUUAUUUAAGCGAAAGAAAACGUACCGAAAAGAAGGACAAUAAAGAUGAUCUUUUGUCUGAUUUUUUCAGUUCAAAUGUAGCUGGUAGUCGAAUACAUACUGAUAGAAAAACUGAGACAGAUUUAGGAACCAGGGAUGCAUUGUAUGGAAAAGAAUUUAGUAAAACGUAUACAGCAUCAUCUGAGAGAGAAAGAAAUUCAACGUUAGGAACAAUGGAAUCGCCUUAUGAUAAUGAUCGAAAAGAAAGACAAACAAAAAGAACAAGUGCUGUAAAUUCAGACGUACACUCAUGGCGUACCAAAGACUCGUCGUCUGGUGGCUAUAGUGGUAGAAAUGAUUAUACAACCACACAAACUCAUGGAUCUCAUACAUUAGACGCUACCAGUAGUCGCACACAUGACAAUGGGACUGGUCAAAUGAUUGACAAUAUUGAAUACCGCUAUCACCACGGUCAAGUGAUAUUUAAAAAACCAGGUGAUACAAAAUGGAGAUAUGCUUCUUGACAUGAAAGUUUCUAGUUUUCCAAGAAUUCAGUUUAUAUGUAUACAAAAUAUUCAUUAGUUUUUACUAACCUCGACAUGCUAAACACAAAACGAGCCAUCAAAUCGUAUUUUAUUAUUCAUAUAUUUUAUUUAUUUCAAGUGUACAUUUUUAAUUGCAGGGAUCAAAGUUUUUUUUAUAUUGCAAUGUUUGCUAGUUUAUAGUGUUUUAGGAAUAAAAUAAAAAAAUAUUACAGUUUUAUAUUUUACACAAAUAAUCAUUAUUUUUGAAUGAAUACCAAGAUGCAUGAUAUUUGGAAUAGUACUUGAUACUAGUGCAUCACAUAUAUUUUUAUAAAAAGGGAAAAUAACAGUUUUUGCUUUAAGGGAGCAUUGACAUGUUUAACCCCACCACAUUAUUUAUGUAUGUGCCUGUCCCAAGUCAGGAGCCU